GAGACAAAAAUGGAUAAACCCUGAAAAAAUUAAAAAACAAAACCAUUGAGCCGCUAAACCCACCACCAUGGCUUGUUUUCUUCUACUUCCACACUACAAUCCCUCAACCCCACAAUUUCCAAAACCUAAACCACCACCUUUUUUUCAUAAUAGCGCUAAGUACCCUCCAUUAAUCAAGCUAAACCCACCAAAAGCGUCUGCCACAAAUGGGGCUGUUGACGCUUCAACUCCUUCCCGUCGUGGCCGGAAAAAGAAACCCACUACAGCUCCCACUACUGACACAGCAACUAAGAGGACCACCACCAAACGUUCAAAGAAAACUGAAGCUGAAAAUGGGAGUAUUAGUGAUACGGAACUGUUGGACGGUGAAGAUUAUGAUGAUGGGAUUGAUUUUCCUUACGAGUAUCCGCCGUUGGUUUGCUGUUUUGGUGCGGUGCAGAAGGAAUUUGUACCUACGGUGAGGGUACACGAUAAUCCUAUGCACCAGGAUAUGUAUUCGCAGUGGAAAAUGUUGCAAUGGGACCCACCUGAGUUUGCGAGGGCUCCAGGUGGGCCAGUGUCCAAUGUGGCAAUAGCGCAUGCGAGGCUUGGUGGGAGGGCGGCGGUUAUGGGAAAAGUUGGGGAUGAUGAGUUGGGAGAGGAGUUGGUGUUGAUGAUGAAUAAGGAGAGAGUGCAGACGCGGGCGGUGAAGUUUGAUGAGAACGUGAAAACGGCGUGUAGUUUUAUGAAGGUUAAGUUUGGUGAUGAUGGGAAAAUGAGGAUGGAGAUGGUUAAGGAGGCUGCUGAGGAUUCAUUGCUUAGCUCUGAAUUGAACCUCUCUGUGCUUAAAGAGGCGAGGAUGUUCCAUUUCAAUUCGGAAGCCCUAACAUCACCUUCCCUGCAAUCUACACUUCUUAAAGCAAUUAGACUUUCUAAGAAGUGUGGAGGGCUUAUAUUUUAUGAUUUGAAUUUGCCACUGCCUUUAUGGAAAUCACGCAAUGAGACAAGGGAAAUUAUCAAGAAAGCAAUGAAGGAAGCGGAUUUUAUUGAGGUUUCACGAACAGAGCUUGAAUUUCUCUUGGAUGAAGAGUGUUAUGAGAGGAAAAGGAAUUACAGCCCACAAUACUAUGCUGAAAGUUAUGAGCAAACCAAGAAUUGGCGAGACUGUUAUCAUUACACUCGUGAGGAAAUCGCUCCGUUGUGGCAUGAUGGACUUAAGUUUUUGUUUGUGACUGAUGGAACACUUGAGAUUCAUUACUAUGGCCCUAAGUUUGAUGGUAAAGUUACUGGAACCGAAGAUGUGCUAAUAACCCCAUUCACUUGUGAUAGGACUGGAUCAGGUGAUGCUAUUGUGGCUGCUCUUAUGAGAAAGCUGACUACUUGCCCUGAGAUGUUCGAAGAUCAAGAUGUUUGCGAAAGGCAGCUUCGUUUUGCAGUUGCAGCAGGAAUUAUAUCGCAAUGGACAAUAGGUGCAGUAAGAGGUUUUCCAACUGAAAGUGCAACACAAAACCUGAAAGAGCAGGUUUAUGUACCUUCAAUGUGGUAGGCUGUACGGCAAAGUAUCUGUGGUUUGGCUUCACUUCAGGAUUGUCUUCUUAAGUUACGGGAUUUGUCUCGAAAGAGAGCGACUGGCACUUUAGAAAGAACUGUUUGGUCAGAAUCUGCUUCUUCUUCGUUACAUACCUGAGGUGCUAUGAUUGUUGGAUGUUUGAGAAUGUGCCAACUGUAGCAGAGGAAUGCAUUAUACAACAUUAUUCUGGUAAAGAUCCCUCUUUCUCUGUGUUAUUAAAACAAUCACUCUCUUCUGACAGUUUACUUGUUUGCAAUGUUUGAUUUAUGCGAUUACUUUCUUAGAGGA